GCAGUUUCACCUCGCGAUGUUAUUAAUAUCUUGAUUUCCUAGAUUUCGUAUUCUUUCUUUUCUUCUUUUUUAGUUUCUCUUUAUAUACUCCUCCCCAACAACAAACUACUAUUAUGAGUGCAUUACAAUUAUUUUCUCUUAAAGGCAAGAAGGCUAUUGUCACUGGUGGUGGACGAGGCCUUGGAUUAGAAAUGAGUAAAGCAUUGGCUGGUGCUGGUGCUGAUGUGGCCAUGAUGUAUGUAUCUAGUGAUAAGACUCAUGAUACUGCUGCUGCUGUGGGUAAAGAAUUCAAUGUCCAAUGUAAGGCUUAUAAGGCUGAUAUGGGAAAGCCUGAAGAAGUCACUGCUGCCAUUGAUCAAAUUUAUAAGGACUUUGGUCAUAUUGACAUCUUCGUUGCCAAUGCUGGUAUUGCUAUUGAAGGUCCUGCCGAAACUUUUAGUAUGGAUGAUUGGAAACGUAUCUUUGACGUCAACGUUCAUGGUGUAUUCUGUAGUGUUCAAGCUGCUGCAAAGCGUAUGUUGGAACAGGGACGAGGUAGCAUCAUCCUUAUUUCAUCAAUGUCAGGUUUGAUUUCUAACCGACCUCAACCUCAUUGUGGUUACAAUGCUUCUAAGGGUGCUGUUACAAUGAUGUCCAAAUGUUUGGCACAAGAAUGGGCACAAAGAGGUAUUCGGGUCAAUUCUAUCAAUCCUGGUUAUAUGGAAACUGAAAUGUUGAAGGAUGUGUUUAGAAAUAAUCCUGAAGUGAAAGAAAAAUGGUUGGAAUAUACACCAAUGGGACGACUUGGUAGACCUGAUGAAUUAAAUGGUGCUGUUAUCUAUUUGGCUUCUGAUGCUUCCAGUUAUGUUACUGGUUCUCAAAUUUACAUCGAUGGUGGUUAUACUUGUGUUUAAUUUGUUUUUUUAUAUUAUCAUUUUUAAAAAUAAUAAACGUUUAUCUUUAUCAAUUUC